GCACCUCCAAUACCGACAAUGCGACGUCAUGGACAGGUGAACACGCGCCGGUAUGUAGUUGUACUUGUUCUCCUGGUAUGGUUCUCACACUCCCAUCGCAGAGACUCUUCGGAGGGUUGUCCGCGAAAUCUCUGAGUACCCAUCCAGUUACGACAGUGAACAGCAACCCAAGAAUGGUCAGCGAUACUGUUUGCAACCGAUCGUUACUGGAUGCGAACUCACAAUGCCGCGAUGCAGUUUGCACCCAUCGUCAUUAAAUUUCAGCGUCUGGAUCAAGGAACCUACCCUACCUGCUGCUCGACGGAGAGUGGCAUGACACAGCAUAUAAUUGGCUGGUCUGCGGAAUCGCACUUAACGGCUUCAUUGGAGACGCAUACAGACAGUGCACGCAGACAGAAUCGCGGCCAUACAUGCCCUGUUCCUCGUCUCUUUGGGUCGCUUGUCCGACGGGAAAUGCGUCCGACCCAUCGGCUCCAUGCUGGAUCCAUCAGUUUAUAUGGCCAACGAACGAGGCUAAUUCACCCACUGUGGAACACCACCAGAGGACCACGAAAGUCCACCGAGGCGAAGCAUCAAGGGUAUAUAUAUAUGCCCAGCUUGUAAGAAGACGUUCAGCCGUGCAGAUGCCUUCAAGAGGCAUUUCAAGGGGCGGUCGGCGGCGGAGUGCCUCCGGUACCUUCGUGGUCAAUAGUUUCAAGCCCAUUGAACCCAUCAGCUCCAUGCCAGCUGACCAGUCUUUCAGCGCAAUGACACCACACAUUCGUGUAGCGGUGCGUCAGAGACGUGCAUGGAGCCACAAGCCCCAUGGGCCAUGUCAAUCGAGUUUCAGCGGAUCGGUCAUCCCGGACUGGCUGGCUCAGAGCUAUACACCGAGGCCACAGCGCCGGCUAGGAUGUGUGUACACGGUACACACCAGGAAGCCAUCAAGCGUAUUCGCGAUCCUCCGACAUCGGCCGCACCCCCCAUGCGCCCUGUGUGCGACACGACAACGCUGCACCGGACACCGAUGCUGCCGAGAACCCGAGCGUGGCGGCGCAAUAACUAUCGGCAGUGUGGAUGGACCGUCUGAGUAACGUCCAGAUUCCCCAGCGGGCUGCCGUAGCUACGGCUGGCCACGGUGACCAGCGACAGGCCAGGGCGAGCGCAUAACGGCAUUAGCUCCGGCGGCCGCUUGACUCUGUUCAUCCUCCAACACACCCGCUGUAGCGAGCACGUCGAUCCUCGUCGGUUAGCCGCCGAAAGGAGUCCA